UUCUCUGUGCUACCAUGAUCACGUUUUUCUGCUAUAAUAAGCAAUAGAUUAAAACUCCCUACCACAAACUCAAACUUUGAAAUUUCGGGAAUGGGUGGAAGAGUAAUACAAAACUCUAAUAAAAUCUGUUCAUUAACCCUGAUUUCCCCCAAUGCGGAUGUAAGAAUAAAAGCACAAGCUAUAGUUCUGCCGCAACUAACAAAUAUGCUUCCAAGCUAUAAAAUAAACGACAAAGAUCGUCAAAAAUUCGCCUACCUCAAAUUAGCGGAUCCCAACUGUCACACCCCCGCGAAAGUUGAUAUCCUAUUAGGCAGCGACCUAAUACCCCAAUUAAUACUAGAAGGCAUUGAAAAAAUUUCAAAUACCCUGUUAGCCCAAAAUACCAUCUUUGGAUGGAUACUAAGCGGCCAAGUAAGUGAAAAAUAUCGGUAUUCACAACUUAAGUUGAAGAUAUUUCAAACGAAUACCUCAAUUCUCAAUUAAAAAGAUUUUGGGAGUUAGAAGAACUCCCGCCCAUACAAGUCACUACACCAGAAGAUAAAGCUUGCGAAGAUUACUACAAAGCCACAACAACGCGAGCACAUAAUGGUUGAUAUGUAGUACGACUUCCAUUUAAGCCAGAAUUCCCAGACACACUCGCCCUAGGUCGCUCCCGAACCCCUGGGCUUCAGCAGUUUUUAAGUAUGGAAAAAACCCUACUUAAAAAGGCGAGCUUAAAUCAGCAUACGAUGGUGUUCUGGAAGAAUAUCUAGACUUAGAUCAUAUGAAAAAAAUAAGUCCAUAUGAAAAGAUAACAAAAGGUAAAUACACCUCAUUUUAUCUACCCCAUCAUGCGGUUGUAAAAUCAGACAAAAAAACAACCUAGGUAAGAGUAGUCUUCAACGCCUCGAAAUGUACAAGUUCGGGAAAUUCCUUAAAUGACAUUUUGUACACAGGACCCACAUUACAACCUGAUUUAAUGCUUCUGAUUUUAAAGUGGCGUAUGUUCAAAUACGUAUUUAACGGAGACGUCGAAAAAAUGUAUCGACAAAUAUUCGUACAUAAGGACGAUCAAGACUUUCAGCGCAUUAUAUUUCGAAAUUCACCAAAUACUCCAAUAUGUGACUAUAAACUCAAAACGGUGACAUUUGGCGUAAAUUGCGCCACCUUUCUUGCCAUUCGAACGCUUCACGAAUUGGCAAACGAUAUAAAAGAAAAAUUACCCCUAGCAACCCCGGUGUUAAAAACACAAACAUAUGUGGAUGAUAUCCUGUCUGGAAGCCACAGCUUACCCCAAGCGUAUGAAGCACUAUGACAAGUAAUACAAGCCCUCAACUCAGCAGGGUUCCCCCUAAAAAAGAUAACCGCCAAUCACCCCGAAAUCCUAAAAGAUAUAAAUAAAGAACAGAUAGAAAAGGAAAGUACAACAAAAACCCUGGGCAUACAAUGGAAUGCGAUCUCAGAUAAAUUCUCAUAUACUCUUGAGUCAAUUCUGCUCAAUCCGCAAUAACUAAAAGACAAAUUCUGUCGGCUGUAGCGAAACUUUUUGACCCCGAAGGAUGGCUUUCGCCAAUUAUGAUACAAGCGAAAAUCCUGAUACAAGAAUUAUGGCCAGACGGAACCGAAUGGGAUGAGCAAGUGACACCACUUCGCUUGGCAAAAUGGUCUCAAUUUGCUAAUAACUUGCAUGCUAUUUCCGAGAUACAAAUCCCUCGAUGGAUAAAUUACUCACCAGAAUACCAAGUAGAACUGCACGGCUUCUGCGACGCCUCUGAAAAGGCAUAUUGCGCAACUAUAUAUGUGCGCACCCAAACUAACAGCACAAUUUCAAGCCAUUUACUAGUAGCAAAGGCCAAGGUGGCACCUCUUAAAACACUCAGUCUACCACGACUUGAACUCUGUGGCGCGCUACUACUCGCAAAAUUAGCCUCCACUGUGCAAACGCAUUUAAACAUGACCAAUGAAAAGUUAUAUCUAUGGUUAGACUCAGAGAUCGUCAUAGCUUGGUUAGAAAAACCACCCCACUCAUGGAAAACAUAUGUUUCCAAUCGCACAGCCCAAAUACUUGAUUUAGUUCGGCCACCAACUUGGCGAUAUGUAGCCAGUGCUGAUAACCCCGCCGAACUUGGCACGAGAGGUUGCAAGCCCCUGCACCUCGCCACCACCUCACUCUGGUGGAACGGCCCCAGCUGGCUAAUAGAAUCACAACAAUCCCCCAUACGCAACAUAAUUGCCCCAGAAAGUCGAAAAGUUGAAACCUUUCACACAAAAUUGGAUGACGCUGACAUCCUAGAACGAUUUUCCUUGUUCCCCCGUGCCCUAAGGGUAGUCGCCUAUAUGCUAAAAUUCGUAGAGCGCCUCAAAAAUAAGGUGAAGAAAACACCGAAUUCCCCAGAUAACAUGUUAACGCACCAAGACCUACAAAAAGCAAAGGUUUCCCUUGUUGCAUAUACUCAAACGCGCUAUUUCAGCCGCGAAAUGUCAAUGCUAAGAGAAUCAAAACCAGUUGACCAAAAGAGUCAAAUCUUAGUACUCAAUCCAUUUUUAGACACGAAAGGUCUGCUUCGUGCUAAUGGACGGCUAGCGAACUCCAGCCUCACAUAUAACGAACGCCACCGCAUAAUAAUACCAGAGAAAUCCCCCUUUGCAACUUUAUACCUCAGAUUUCUCCACUUAUUAAUGCUACAUUGCGAACAUCGCCUCAUGCAACAAAUGGUCCAACAAGAAUAUUAUAUUCCACGACUAAAGCCACAGAUCAAAAAAUGCAUAUUUAUGUGUAAAGUCUGCACUAUACAUAAGCAGAAGAUGCGCACGCAGAUCAUGGCAGCUCUUCCACCUGAACGCUGCACUUUCGCUCUGCCCUUCACUACCACUGGUGUUGACUUUACUGGGCCUUUCCAGAUAAGGCUUCCAUGUUAAUGACUUCAACCUUUACGAAGGGUUAUGUGGCUGUCUUUGUAUGCUUUACGACAAAGGCAGUACACUUCGAGCUAUGUUCUGAUCUGACCACUGCAGCUUUUCUUGCGGCAUUUGCUCGCUUCGUCGGACGGCGAGGAUUUCCAUCCAAAAUAAUGAGCUACAAUGGAAAAACCUUUGUCGGAGCCAAAAGAGCCACUGAAAAACUAUUUAUAAAAUUUAUAGAGGAAGUCUCGCCUGAAAUCAUUGAUUGGCAAUUUAUCCCACCAAGUGCCCCACAUAUGGGUGGACUAUGGGAAUCAGCUGUAAAAAGCUUCAAAACACAUUUUAAAAAAGUCUCUGGCACACACAAAUUUAACUUUGAAGAAUUUACUACAUUAUUAACCCGAAUAGAUGUCGUUCUUAACUCACGGCCCCUCUCUGCGCUCUCGCAAGAUCCCUCCGAUUUCACUGCCCUCACCCCUGGGCAUUUUCUUAGAGGAGCUCCACUUCUGGCAAUACCCGAACCAGACGAGCAAUCCUUAUCUUUAAUGAAUCGAUGGGAACGAAUGAAAAUUCUCCAUCAUGAAUUCAGUCGAAGAUGGAAGGAAGAUUAUUUAAAAGACCUCCAUAAAUGAUACUGAUGGAAAAACGCUCAAGAAGCGCCAAAGAUUGGAGACUGUGCCCUAAUUCAUGACGAAUGUCUUCCCCCUACGGAAUGGCGACUCGGCCGUAUAGAGAAACUAUAUCAUGGCUCCGACGGUCAUAUCCGCGUAGUUGAUCUCCGUACACAAAGCGGCAUACUAACUCGACCACUCGUCAAGCUAUGUUUCCUUCUAACCGCCUCUCCUACCGGUUGCGCGAAUACCGGUACCUAAAAUCGUCAAACCGCAAUAAACGCAACAAAGCCGUAACAAAAACCGAGAAUAUCAAAAGAUAAAUAUGGACGUGGAAAUGAUUGAAGCCGCACCAACUCCAACUAUCCGUUCGGAAAUCACCGUGCCCCGCUCGGCAGCACCGC